AGCCCGGGCCUUGUGCAGCGGGAGGUGGGGCAGGGAAGCGGCUGCGGGCAAAGUCCAGGAGGGCCUGGCUGCGGGGGAAUGAAGCCUCCGCCUUCUCGGGCAGCAGCCUUUAAAUACGGGCUCGGGCCCAGGACUCGGGGUGCGGCGCUGGGCAGCCUGAGGGAGGGGCGUGCGGUGAGGAAGACCGGGCGGAGCGGGGCGCGGGCCGGAGGAGCGUGCAGUCCGAGUGUACGGGACAGGAGCGGCCGCAGCGCCCGGUGCUUGGAAGCGGAACAAUCAUGUUUGAAAUUAAGAAAAUCUGUUGCAUUGGUGCGGGCUAUGUUGGAGGACCCACAUGUAGUGUCAUUGCUCAUAUGUGCCCUGAGAUCAGGGUGACAGUUGUUGAUGUCAAUGAAUCAAGAAUCAAUGCAUGGAAUUCUCCUACACUUCCUAUUUAUGAGCCAGGACUAAAAGAAGUGGUAGAAUCUUGCCGAGGAAAAAAUCUGUUUUUUUCUACCAACAUUGAUGAUGCCAUCAAAGAAGCCGAUCUUGUAUUUAUUUCUGUGAACACUCCAACAAAAACCUAUGGAAUGGGGAAAGGCCGGGCGGCAGAUCUAAAGUACAUCGAAGCUUGUGCCAGACGCAUUGUGCAGAACUCAAAUGGGUACAAAAUCGUGACUGAGAAAAGCACAGUCCCGGUGCGGGCAGCAGAAAGCAUCCGGCGCAUAUUCGACGCGAACACAAAACCCAACCUGAACUUACAGGUGCUGUCCAACCCUGAGUUUUUGGCAGAGGGAACGGCUAUCAAGGACCUGAAGAACCCAGACCGGGUGCUGAUUGGAGGGGAUGAAACCCCAGAGGGCCAGAGAGCCGUGCAGGCGCUGUGCGCUGUGUACGAACACUGGGUUCCCCGGGAGAAGAUCCUCACCACCAACACUUGGUCUUCGGAACUUUCCAAACUGGCAGCAAAUGCUUUUCUUGCCCAGAGGAUCAGCAGCAUUAACUCCAUCAGUGCCCUGUGUGAAGCAACAGGAGCUGAUGUGGAAGAGGUGGCCACAGCCAUUGGAAUGGACCAGAGAAUUGGAAAUAAAUUUCUAAAAGCCAGCGUUGGUUUUGGCGGGAGCUGCUUCCAGAAAGAUGUUCUGAAUUUGGUAUACCUCUGUGAGGCCCUGAAUUUGCCCGAAGUAGCGCGUUACUGGCAGCAGGUCAUAGACAUGAAUGACUACCAGAGGAGGCGGUUUGCAUCCCGGAUCAUAGACAGUCUGUUCAACACAGUCACUGACAAGAAGAUAGCUAUUUUGGGAUUUGCAUUCAAGAAGGACACUGGCGAUACCAGAGAAUCCUCCAGUAUAUAUAUUAGCAAAUAUUUGAUGGAUGAAGGUGCACACCUCCAUAUAUAUGAUCCAAAAGUGCCCAGGGAACAGAUAGUUGUGGAUCUCUCUCAUCCUGGUGUCUCAGAAGAUGACCAAGUGACCCGACUCGUGACCAUUUCCAAGGACCCGUAUGAAGCGUGUGAUGGUGCCCACGCGGUUGUUAUUUGCACUGAGUGGGACAUGUUUAAGGAACUGGAUUACGAACGCAUUCAUAAGAAAAUGCUGAAGCCCGCCUUUAUCUUUGAUGGACGGCGGGUCCUAGAUGGGCUGCACGAUGAGCUGCAAGCCAUUGGCUUCCAGAUUGAAACAAUUGGCAAAAAGGUGUCUUCAAAGAGAAUUCCAUAUGCUCCUUCUGGUGAAAUUCCAAAGUUCAGUCUUCAGGAUCCACCUAACAAGAAACCUAAAGUCUAGACAUUGCCAUUUUUGUUGUUGUUUUGUUUUGGUACUGCAGGAUAGCAAAUAUCUAUCUGAUAUUAAAUGGCAAAUGAACCUAGUGUUUUUAAGGAAACAAAAUUAUUUUUUUAAUCAUCAAAUUUAUACCAGCUAUAUGGAUAUUAGCAUAUCUGAUAAUGAUGAAUUUAGGAUAUUUUUUACAUAUUUUUAUAUUAUUAGCUCAGAUAUUGGAUGAGUGGUAAACAAUCAUGUUGGUUUUAAUGGUGUCAAUUUUGUAAAAUACAAACGUGAUACUUUUUCCUUUGCAAAUCCAUCGACAGCACUUUAGGAUCACACUGUACGGGGAAAGGCACUCUGUAUUUUGAAGCCAUGAAAUUACUGUGCUGAACAGCCUCUGCAGUGUAGUAUGCUCUGGUUACAGUCCCUCUGUUUUCAUGAGAUCAUGUCGUGGACUUUAAGCCCCAAAACCAUCGCAGAUCAAUUCCAGUUACUCUUUAACGUGAAAGGUGUUCUCUCUCUUUUGUAACGUGAAGAGAACAUCCAUAGCAUUGUCUGUUUCUCUCCCCUUUGUUUCUCAUUUUCCUCAGUCAUCACUAUAUUUGUAGUGCAAAAGCCAAAAACAUUUGUUACCUAGGUUUUGCAUUUUUUAUUUCUAUUUGUAGUUAGGAUUUCUUCCUUUUCUUUAGAAAACCAAUAUGAUCUCAACAUAAGCUUAAAGUAGAUUUUAUAAAUUACAUAUAACAUCAUUCUAAAAUAAGAAAUUUUGUAUUUCUGUCUGCUUUUUUCUUAUGUCUUGUUGACUUCUGUAUUUGUAUUUGUAGUGAUGGUUUUUGCUUGUGUUUGAUCACUGCUGAAAUAUGUCAGAUGUCCAUUUUAUGCUUGUGCUCUGCUGAGCAUACAAUCUGGGUUUAACAGAGGCAGGUCUCGUUCUUUAGGAACUGUUGCUGUCCAGUAAGAGAUGAGCAUAAAGAUGAGACAGAGACACCUGUAUAAUUAACACAUAAAUAAAAUAUUCUGCACCAAUGA